AUGCCCAUUUUCACUCCAGACAGCCACAUUCUGCUGGCAUGGAACAAGAAAGACCUGUUUCUGGACUGUUGCAUGCAUCUGACCCCCAAAACUAGGCUUGUGGUGACCUGGUGGCUCAUGAGUCCAGUCCUGGUGAGAUCUUUCCUCCCACUGAUCUGGAAGGUUCACUCGACAGAUACCAUAUACCUGUUCGGCUGGGGAGGAGUCCUGGACAGUCUUGGUCACCGAAGGCUCGACUAUUUCUGUUACAGGUGGGUGACGCCAGAUGUGGACCAUCUGGCCUCCAUGUUCAACCACAAACUGAGGACGUUUGUCUCCAGAUCCAGGAUUCCUCUAGCCUUCGCAGUAGAUGCUUUGGAUCGAGAUGGUGGUCAUUCUGGUGAUUCUCGUUGUUCCAAACUGGCCCAGGUACUCAGUCUCACCAGACUCCUGGCAGACUCUCCGGUGGGCCCUCCUAGAUUAUCUAGAUCUUCUGAAAGCAUAUUUUUCAUGGUGCAAGGAAAGAAUUUUAGGAUGUCAAAAAUCAAACCACUUGACGCCUGGGCUGCAGGUAUUGGGUGCCGGUUCAUAUUCUCCAUGGGAGCAGAGGCUGUGCAGAGUACAUCCCGGUUCAUCAUGGGCAUUCCAAGAAUUAAGCCAUGUGCUGAGGACGAUCACAUACUCAGGAGUUACAUGGCCAGUGUCCACCCAGUGAUCAAACAAGAUUAUUGCAGGACCCUGGACCUGAUAAAGGUGAAAAAUGAAUCUAUGGAAUUAGCACAAGCACCUCCUGAGUUCCCAGAAGGCAUUGACCUAAGCUAUGGAUAUGGUUCAGAUUGUGCACCUUAUAAAAACAUCCAGCUGGAAAGACACAGCUCCUCAUAUGACCUCAACAGGCCUGGUCUAGGCAAACUAUACUGUGAUAUUUGUGGAUUGGCCUGCAACAGCCUCAACGUUUUACUGGUGCACAAGAGAAGCCAUACAGGGGAACGUCCUUUCCAGUGCAAUCAGUGUGGAGCAUCAUUUACCCAGAAAGGGAAUUUACUCAGACACGGCAAGCUGCAUACUGGAGAGAAACCUUUCAAAUGCCAUAUGUGCAGCUACGCCUGCCAAAGGAGAGAUGCCCUGUCCGGGCACCUCCGCACACACUCUGUGGAGAAACCAUACAAGUGUGAAUUCUGUGGACGUAGCUACAAGCAGCGCAGCUCUCUGGAGGAACAUAAGGAGCGAUGUCGUGUUUAUCUUCAAAAUAUUAAUGAGUCUGCUGUAGAGGAGCCCAAACACAUGAAGCCAGAGAUAGGGAGUGAACGGGCAAUGGUCCUGGACCGUUUAGCCAGCAAUGUGGCAAAGAGAAAGAGCUCCAUGCCUCAAAAGUUUACUGGAGAGAAGAGACAGUGUUUUGAGGUACCAUACAACAAUUUCCUGUAUGAUAAGGAUCAUGAUAUGAUGCCUCCACGAAUUUUGGAACAGAAUACAGGGAGUCCUAUAGCCUACCUGAGUUCAGGAGUCUUACGCCCUCUGGUUCACACUCCACCUACCCCUACUGCUGAAAUGGUGCCGGUUAUCAGCAGUCUCUACCCACUACCACUCACGCGUAUUGAUAUGUCCAAUGGACAUUUACCGUCCCAGCCAAUGAAGGAAAAGAAGCCAGCUCCAGAGAGGAACCUGUCCCCAGGUGCCAAUGCUCAUGAUUCGACUGACACAGAUAGUAGCCAUGAAGAAAGGGCAUCUUAUCAAUCUAACUUAAAUGUGGGCCCAAUGCGGACAAACAGUGUUCUUCAUCCCCCUAAAGAGCACUCCAGGGGCUUCGACAUCUUAAAACACCCUGGUCUAUCACAGCGUGACCUUCUGCAGCUUUUAAGCAAGGAUGGGUGCCCAUUAGGGGUGUACCGAUGUGACCACUGUCAUGUUCUUUUUCUGGAUUAUGUCAUGUUCACCAUUCAUAUGGGGUGCCAUGGUUUUCGAGAUCCCUUCGAGUGCAACAUAUGUGGGCAUCGUAGCCAGGAUCGCUACGAGUUCUCAUCUCACAUCGCACGUGGUGAACACCGGCUUGGAAUUAAUUAG